AUGAAGUUGACUUUGGAAGAAUACCCCAAUAUAUUGCCAGGAGAAUACCAAAGGAAUAUAGCCGCUUGGAAAGAAAAUUUGACCAAAUCAAAUACCAUAACUCAAAAUGGAAGUUUGACAGAAAGGGCCUGGCUAAAUGUUGGUGUCGACGUAUACUUUCGAACUCAACCCAUGAAUGCUAAAUAUGCUAUCAGAAAUUGA